CUAAAAUGGAUGUUGCCGGGUCAACCGUCAUACGUAAUCUCAUUGUUUGGUUGCUCCAAGCUCCUUCCUGGGAGAGGAGCUACCUCCCCCCACUGACCACACCGGCUUGGAAAGUGUCUAUCACUCCACGUGCCUGCCUACCUUGCCGCGGUUUCGCAACUCCAAAUCUGCCUCUUUAGACCAUCCCCAACAAACACCACGAAGCGCCAAUUCUACAAAACUCCUCUCGCGGAGCCCUCGCAACUAACAACACUAUCCCACCGUUUCGCAUCCGCAGGCGGUCUACCGGUCUUUCUUCUAGCUUUGCAAUACCGGCGCAAACCGUCACAGACACCCCUCGUUCGCUUCGGAUCGCCAAUCCCCCCUCCAUUGUCUUUACUCGCGACCACAUUCCAGCACCCGAGUCAACGCCAUGGACGGGCAGCACACGCCCUUGCGGCCGCCGGACUACAGUCUGCCACCGUACGACGACGACGAGCUCCAUCACACACCCACCGGCCAAAAUCCCGCCGCCGUAAGACUGUUGACGUCGGUCGAAGAGCCCUACGAUGCCCACACGAUCCGCACACCGAGAAAGAACUUGAAUUACCAGUCCAGUCUUCGCUCCUCGCCAUCCAGAACCGGCUCUUUACUUGAUGAUUAUCCCCGAAUGCCGCCUCCCGACUCUACAUAUGUGCCCUUCGCUGGCCGAGAUGGCUCCCCUCAACGACCGUGGACACCUUCAUCACGAUUGUCCGACUUUACCAGGUCUGAAUUCACCAGGUCCGAAUUCCCCAGGUCCGAUCUCUCCAGGUCUGAUCUGUCAAGGUCCGAUCUCUCCAGGUCCGAAUUCACCAGGUCCGAUCUCUCCAGGUCUGACUUGCCGAGAUCCGAUCUCUCCAGGUCCGAUCUCUCUAGGUCUGACUUGCCAAGAUCCGACUUUUCUAGACCACCCCCAGUCAACGGCACGUACGAGCCCUCCGACCUCGAUGGCAGCCCUCGGCCAGGAACCCCAUCCUCCAGAUACGGCGGUAGUCCUCGCCGGCCGCUACCUCCUGCGCCACUCUUCUCAAACACCAAUCGCGACUCGCGGACUUUCGCAGACGAUGCAACAGUGUCGAUUCCUCUUACUGACCUCGAUGACGACGACGUCUUUGGUCCCGAGUCCGAUCUUAGCGAAGCACGACCUCUACCAGACCACCGCAGCUCAUACCUCUCAGCUGAUUCUCAAGAGACCCUAAGCCAGGAUCCCGAGUACUUCGAUAAUAAGGCGGAACACUAUGGAUCAGCUCCGGAUGGAGCUCAGGAACGCCGAGGUGUUCGGGCGCCCCAGAUGUCCAAGAGGGAGGUUCAACUCAUCAAUGGUGAGCUCGUGUUGGAGUGCAAAAUCCCCACGAUUCUCUACAGCUUCUUGCCCCGCCGCAACGAGGUCGAGUUUACCCACAUGAGAUACACGGCUGUAACUUGUGAUCCCGAUGAUUUCGUCGACAAAGGAUACAAGUUGCGCCAGUCCAUUGGUCGCACCACUCGUGAGACAGAACUAUUCAUCUGCAUUACCAUGUACAACGAAGACGAGAUCGGCUUUACCCGCACGAUGCAUGCUGUCAUGAAGAAUAUCUCUCAUUUCUGCUCACGCACCCGUUCUCGAACUUGGGGCGAGACCGGAUGGCAGAAGAUUGUUGUUUGCAUCGUGUCAGACGGCCGUGAAAAGAUCCAUCCUCGCACCCUUGACGCUCUCGCAGCAAUGGGCGUCUACCAAGACGGCAUCGCCAAGAAUUUCGUCAACAACCGUGCUGUGCAGGCCCACGUCUACGAGUAUACAACUCAGGUCUCACUCGAUGCGGACCUCAAGUUCAAGGGAGCUGAGAAGGGCAUCGUUCCUUGCCAGAUGAUUUUCUGUUUGAAGGAGAAGAACCAGCGCAAGCUCAACUCACACAGAUGGUUUUUCAAUGCAUUUGGCCAGGCUCUCAACCCCAACGUGUGCAUCCUACUGGAUGUAGGAACACAACCUGGUGGAAACUCUCUCUAUCACUUGUGGAAGGCCUUUGAUACCGACUCCAACGUCGCCGGUGCCUGUGGAGAGAUUAAAGCUAUGAAGGGCAAAUGGGGCGUCAACCUCCUCAACCCCUUGGUCGCGUCCCAGAACUUUGAGUACAAAAUGUCCAACAUCCUUGACAAGCCCCUCGAAUCUGUCUUUGGUUACAUCACCGUGCUUCCCGGUGCUCUGAGUGCGUAUCGAUUCCACGCACUGCAGAACGACGAGACGGGACACGGUCCGCUGAGCCAGUACUUCAAGGGUGAGACGCUCCACGGACAACACGCCGAUGUCUUCACAGCCAACAUGUACCUUGCGGAGGAUCGUAUCCUCUGUUGGGAGUUGGUCGCCAAACGAGGCGAGAGAUGGGUCUUGAAGUAUGUCAAGGGGUGCACUGGUGAGACUGAUGUCCCUGACACAGUACCCGAGUUCAUCUCCCAACGACGACGAUGGCUCAACGGUGCCUUCUUCGCUGCCGUCUACUCCCUCGUUCACUUCAAGCAAAUCUGGCAGACGGAUCACACGAUAGCACGCAAGGUUUUGCUGCACAUCGAAUUCGUCUACCAGUUUAUCCAACUUAUCUUCACGUACUUCUCUCUGGCCAACUUCUACCUCACCUUCUACUUCGUUGCUGGCGGUUUGACCGAUAAAAAGGUCGAUCCAUUCGGUCACAACAUCGCAACUGUCAUCUUUCACAUCCUACGCUACUCAUGUGUGCUUUUGAUAGCGACGCAGUUUAUCCUAUCGCUUGGUAAUCGCCCGCAGGGUGCCAAAAAGCUGUAUCUGAUAAGCAUGAUCGUUUAUGGUGUCAUCAUGGUGUACACGACCUUCGCAACCAUCUACAUCAUUGUCCGACAACUUACAUCCGAGCACAACAAGAUAUCGAUAGGCAAUAACGUCUUUACAAACCUCAUCGUUUCUAUCCUGUCAACAAUUGGAAUGUAUUUCAUCAUGUCGAUCAUGUACUUGGACCCAUGGCACCUGAUCACCUCUUUCGCACAGUACUUUAUCCUCUUGCCAAGUUAUAUCUGCACUCUGCAGGUCUACGCCUUCUGCAACACCCACGACGUUACCUGGGGUACCAAGGGUGACAACGUCAUGAAGACUGAUCUGGGUGGCGCCGUAGGUAAGGGCCAGACCGUCGAACUGGACAUGCCCAGCGAGCAGCUCGACAUUGAUAGCGGCUACGAUGAAGCGCUGCGGAACCUCCGUGAUCGUCUCGAGGUUCCUGAGCCCCCCGCCAGCGAAGCCCAGAUGCAAGAAGACUACUACAAGAGCGUCCGUACUUACAUGGUGCUAUCUUGGAUGAUCUCCAACGGUAUCCUCGGUAUGUCUGUCUCCGAGAUCUACAGCAGCAAGGGCAUUGGUGAAAACUACUACUUGAAAUUCAUCCUCUGGAGUGUCGCCUCGCUCGCCGUCUUCCGCGCCAUCGGCUCCACCACCUUCGCAGUCCUCAAUGUCAUCAACAUGAUUGUAGAGGGCCGCGUCCGAUUGACCCUCAAGGCACCGAGGUGGUGGGGAAGUGUCAGCGAUCGCGUCAGCGAGAAGAUGAGCAGCGUGGGCACCACAUUGAAGAGUUGAGUCAUUACCUUGUCAUUUGAUAUUGUUUAUCUGUUACGGAUUUUGCGGGCGUUGGGAUAUACCGAAUGGUCUUUGGCAUGGAGUUUAAGGGAUCUAGCAUUGCAUUCAUGCGGUUGGAACAAGAUGCGGAUAUGCUUGUUUGUGUAUGCGACGAUGUACGGCAUUCGAUGAUGGAAAUGCCUAGUGCUGUCAUGAGAAAUCAGCAUACGUGGUUUACACGUCUUGCUUGAUACUAAGGGGCUUGGAGCCAGAUUAAAAUAAAUGGAUGUUAAUACCCCUAGUACACUACUUCAACUUCUUAAUUGCUUGUUCAAAUUUGAUCGGUCGUGUAUCAACAUUUGUAUGCUUUAGGGCAAGAAAUGAAAUGCGG